GGUAUUUGCGGCGUGAUUCUUGAAGACUGGGACUCAGUCAUUUGGAAACGAUUGGCUGGGGUCUCAUGCCUUGCUAGGGUUUUAAACCCUCGCCUCGUUUUCGGAGGGUUCUCCGCACGGCGGAGCGAUGCCGUCUAUGGCAAUCUUUUCUCGGCACAGGCCGAGUGUGAGGGAGGGUUUCGUUUGGCUCGGUGCGUUUGUGCACUGGGCAAUUCGGUUUUGUGUGUGGGCAUUCUCAAAGAGGGUUGAUGUCAAUUUUGGGAUAUUGGUCUUCGGUAGAACGGUUGAACGAUCUGAGGCAGAGGCGACUGGGAUCUAAGGCAAGUUUGAGGAUUUUGAAGGAGGAAAUUGUGAGUUUGUGUUCUCUUUGUGCGAUGAACGAUGAAGGUGGUGGCAAAUGCGCGUCGAUGUUAGUGGCAAAUGUGCGUCGAUUUUCCCUCCUAAUCACCUGUCCGCCACUUUCAUUCCUUCCACUCUCUCUUCUAGAAUGUCCUAAGCAAGAGACAGGGGGUGUACAUGUAUUUGAUUCGGUCACAACCGAAGGCAGCACUAAGAAGGUGAAGGGGACAGUGCGCGUCUAUUUGAAGUGCCAUCUGUGACCCAGUUCAUGUUGUUCUUGGUUGGCGGUGAGGGUCAUCAAGGGAGGCGGAGGACAAAUGAGAAUGAGAUCGACAUCCACUCUGACCCCUUCAGCGCUCCUUGUGACAUUGUUGGUGAUAUUAGCUAUGAAGAAUUGCAGGCAGCGGCAUAUGAGGAUGCUAAGCAUGGGAUGACCUUCCAAUCAAUUGUUUUCCCUGUUAAAACAGAGCUAUUGAGGCCCCAAGAGAAAAUGGAAAGUCCCAUAACUGAUUUGGUUAAAAAGCCACUGGGUAAUUCAAGAAGGAAUAUUGAUGUCAAGCAUCUCUUGAAGGAUUGCAAGUUGCUUGUUAUGGAUCACACCUUCAACUUCAAGUGCUUGAAGUGCUUCAAAUUAGAUUGUGGAGGGGUUCAUCUAGCGCCACUCACUACAUCAUACUUGUUGUUGACCAGAUUUUCAGGCAAGGACCCAUCAGCCUACCAAGCUUGCAUGGGUGAUAUGACACCAACAAGGGCGGAAACCCGCCUUCAACCAUCAUGAAGUAAAGCCCCUGGGUGCGAUGCCUCAUUAUGGAGCGGUCCGACAAUAGCUGGCAAUGUAUAGCUACAGGUUUGAUCGACACUGAUCCGGAUUAUAGCAAAACAUGAAAGCAGUCUUCUUUCAUAUUGAGAUUAACAAGUCGACAGUCUCAAAAGCUUGGCUGUAGACCUUUCUUCACAAAAUCACUUCCUUCAACACAGCCUUCCUUCAUUUCCUACUGAAGACGUAGCCAUAACAACACAUAACCAGUAACCUUACAGGAUUUUCGCAAUUGCCACAAGCUUGCCCUAGGCUGUCAACUCUUUUCAGGACUUUUCAGAGACUUGCCACUAGCUUGGCAUGGGUUGUCAAGGCUUGUUCAUGCCUAGGCAACAUUUGCCACGAGCUUGCCCUUUGUUGCCAACAAUUGCAACAAGCUUGCACGAGGUUGCGAAUGCAGGGCCUUGUCAAUGUGUGCCACAAGCUUGUCAUGGAUUGCUAAUGCUUGUUCGUGCCUUGGUAACACCUGCCACGGGCUCGUCCUUCAUUGCCAACAAUUGCCACAAGCUUGCACUAGGUUGCCAACUCUUUCCAGGGCUUUCUAGACACUUGCCACUAGCUUGGCAUGGGUUGCCAAGGCUCGUUCGUGCUUAGGCAAAAUUUGCCGAGCUCGCCCUUCAUUACCAACAAUUGCCAUAAGCUUGUACGAGGUUGCCAACACUGUCCAAGGCCUUCCAAAUAGUUGCCACAAGCUUGGUAUGGGUUGUCAACGCUUGUUCGUACCUAGGCAACACUUCCCACGAGCUCGCCUUUAGUUUUCCAACAAUUGCCACAAGCUUGCACCUGACUGCCAAUGCUUCCUAGGGCUUUCCAAUGCUUGCCACAAGCUUGGCAUGGUUGCCAAUGUGCCUUUGCAGCGCUUGCCAGGGGUUCGCCCUUCGUUGUCAACAAUUGCCAAAAGCCUGCACUAGGCUGCCAACGCUUUCCAAGGCCUUUCCAACACUUGUCACAACCUUGGCAUUCGUGUCUUAGCAACACUUGUCACGAGCUCGUCAUUUGUUGUCAACAUUUGUCACAAGCUUGCACUUGGCAGAUAACGCUGCCUAAGGCCUUCCAAAUGUUUGCCACAAGUUUGGAAUGGGUUACUAACGCUUGUUCCUGUAGCACUCGCCACGACCUUGUCCUUCCAUGCCAACAAUUGUCACAAGCUUGCACGAGGCAGCAAACACUUCCCAAGGCCUUGCUAAUGGGUUGCCUGGUUGUGUCUUGGCAACACUUGUCACGAGCUCCUCCUUCAUUGCCAACAAUUGUCACAAGCUUGCACGAGGCUGCGAACGCUUCCUAGGGCCUUAACGUGUGCCACAAGCUUGUCAUGGGUUGCUAAUGCUUGUUACAACAUCAGAACACUUCUCGGGCCUUGCUCACGACCUCGUCCUUGGUUGAAACGCUUGUUCGUGCUUUGGCAACACUUGCCACAAUCUCGUUCUUGGUUGCCAACAAUAGCCACAAGCUUGCAAGGGCCAUCCAAAACAUUUACCACAUGUUCAUGCCUU